AUGUCAGAAUCAACAAUUGAUUCUAAGAAUCAACCUCAAAGUAGAUUAAAACAAUUAACUAGUGGUUCAAAUUGGAUAUCACCUUUUAGAAAUUCAAAUAAUGAUGAUGAAACUCAAUCAUCUAAAAAAAAAUCAAAUUUAUAUCAACAGUUUAGAGAUGGUAAUAAAAUGGAACAUAUAAAAGUUCCUGCUAAAUUUGCUCAUCAUCCAACUUUAGAAGCUGAAGCUAAAAAGAAAAAACAAGCAGAAGCCUCAGCUAAAAAGAAUAAAAAUACAACAAAAUCAACAACCACAACUACCACAACUACCACCAAAAGCAAACCAGCAGGUUCAGCAAAAGCUGUUGAAAAAGAACUUGAUGAUAAAUCUAAGGAGAAAUUAAUUACUGAUGAACCUAAACAGAAAACCAAUGGUGAAGCAGAAGAGAGAAAAUUAGAAGAUAAUUCUAAAGAAAAGUUAUUAACUGAUGAACCAAGAGAAAAAUUAAUAACUGAUGAACCAAAGGAAAAAUUGUUAACCGACGAGCCACAAGAAAAAUUAUUAACAGAUGAAUCGCAAGAAAAGUUAUUAACAGAUGAACCAGAAGAAAAAUUAUUAACUGAUGGAUCCACAAAUACUCCAAAUGCUGCUGAAGCAAAAGAACAAAGUUUAGAAGAUAAUUCAAAAGAAAAAUUAAUUACAGAUGGUCCUAUCGGUACCACUACGACAUCAACAAAACCAACUGAAGCAGAACAAUAUGAAAAAGAAGCAGAUAAACAUGAAGAAGAAGCGAAUAAAAUCAUUGCAGACACUAAAAAAGACAUUAAAGAAAAUUCAGAAAAAGUUCAAGAUGAACUUAAAGGUGAUGAUAAUAUUGAAAAAUUCAUUAAAGAACAUCCUGUGGAAUUAGUUACUCAACCUCAAGCUAAAUAUGAACCUGUUGAAUUACCAAACAAAGAAACUUUAGAAAAACUUAAAGAUAAACCAGUUUUAUUAAGACAUUAUAAAGAAUUAAAUGCUGAUGCAAUUGGAUCAAUUGCAAAUGAUAUUGAUGAUCCAAAAAAAGUAGUUGAAUUAGGUUCAGGUUUAAGAAUGACUCAACAACAAUUAUUAGAUAUAGCAGCAAAAAGAGUGGCACCUGUUAUUACAUCUAUUAAUCAAGAAGUUUCUAAAACUAGACAAGAAGAUGAAAUUAAAAAACAAGCUAUAUUGGAUCAAAAAGUUAGAAAACAUGAAGUUAAAUUAAAAGGUGAAUUUGAGAAAUACGCUGCUAAAGUUAGUGGGAAACAAAAGACUUUUGAUCAAGAAAUUAAACGUAAAUUAGACAAUAUUGAGAAACUGAAAAAAACUUCAAUUACUACAGCUGAAAAUUUUGAAAAACAAACCAAAAAGGAAAUUGAAAAAGCAAAGAAAGAUUUCGAGGAUCGUGAAAAGAAAGCAGUUGAACAACAUAAGACUGAUAAAGAAACUCUUGAAAAAAAUCAUGAAGAAUUAUUAGCUACAAAGAAACAAGAAUUAGAAGAUUCCAAAACUAAUCAAGAAAAAACUACUCAAGAAAUUGAAGAAUUACAAGAUAAAAAAGUCGAGUUAGAUAAUAAAAAUUCUGAAUUAUCAAAUGAAAUUGAAAAGUUAACUUCUGAAUUAAAUGAAAAUAAAAUUAAAUUAGAUGAACUUAAAAAUAAAUAUGAGACUGAAGAAAAAGCUAUUGAUUCAAAUGAAGUUCACACUAAGGAAUUAAAUGAUAAAGUAACUCAAUAUGAGAAAGAUCUUGAUGAUAAGAAAUCAACUCAUAAACAUUUAACUGCUGAAGUUGGAGCAUUAGGUGCAGUUCUUGGUGCUUAUGGUGCAAAAUUAUCUGAUUUGAAAUCUGAUAAAGAACAAAGAAGUCAAAGAUUAACUGAUGCUAAACAAAAGUUUACUGAUUGGCAAAAUGAAAAAGAUCAAUUAGCUCAAGAAGCAGCAAGAGAACAUGAAAAACAAAGAGUUCAAGCUACUCAAGAAUAUGAAACAAGAAAACAUCAAGAAGAAUUAGAAAGACAAAGACAAAAGGAAGAAGAAGAAAGAUUAGCUCAAGAAGAAAAAGAAAGAAAAGCUAAAGAAGAAGCUGAAGAAAAAGAAAGACAAGCUAGAGAAGAAGAAUUGGAAAGACAAAGAAAAAUUGAAGAAGAACAAAGAGCCAAAGAAGAAGAAGUAAAAGCAAAAGAAUUAAAAGAAAAACAGAGAAAAGAAGCAUCAGUUACAUCAGCUAUAAAAGAUAGAGAAGCUAAACAAAAAUCAUUAGAAGAAGAAAGAAAUAAACAUGAUAAUCUUUAUAAAAAGGGAAAUUAUGAAGGUGAUGAAACUAAAUAUCAAGAUUCUCAAAAACAAAGAUUAGAAGAUGAAAUUGUUAAUUUAAAAAAAAUUAAACAAUUAAGAGAAGAAAGAGCUACUUAUUCUGGAGAAGAUCCAAAAUCUUCUGAAUUAGAUGGUUUAAUUAGUGAAAGAGAAAGAGCUAUAUCUAAAAUUGAUAAACAAAAACAAAAGGCAUUAGAUGAAAAAGCUGCUGCUGCUUCUGCUGCUACUACAGCCAAUGCCAAGGCUAAUAAAAAAUCUACCAAUUUUGAAGCCUUAGGUGGUUCAGGAGCAGUUGGUCUCGAAUCUGCUCAUGAUUCUGAUUUUAAUCCAAAAAAGAAAGAAGUUGUACCAUCUACUGAAGCAAAACAAACUCAACAACCAGCACAACCAACUACAGAAGAAAAAGAUGAAAAUACCAGUAGUAAAAAUGUAGGAAAAGGUCUUGCAGCUGGUGCAGUUACUGGUGCAGGUGUAGGUGCUGGAUCUGCUCAAUUUUUCAGUUACAAUGAUGAUGCUGAUGAUUAUUCUAAACAGAAAAUUGGUCAAUUAUAUUCAGAUCCAAAAGAAUCAAUUCCAAAUUUUAGUAAAGAUCAACAACAAAAGAGUAAAGAUGUUAAAUCAGAUAAAGGUCCCGGAUCAGCUGAAUUUUUCAGUAAUGAUGAUCCUGCUAAAGAUUAUUCUACUAAAAGGAUAGAUCAACUUUAUUCAAACCCUGAAGAAUCAAUUCCUAAUUAUGGCAAAGAUCAAUCUAAAAGCAAAGAUGUUAGUACUGGAGCUGCUACAGGUGCUGCUGUUGGCGGUGUUGCUGCUGGUGCAAAGAGUAAAGACGCUUCUAAAGGUCCUGGAUCUGCUGAAUUUUUUAGUUAUAAUGAUGAUGCUAAAGAUUAUUCCCAGAAAAAGGUAGAUCAACUUUACUCAGAUCCAGAGGAAUCAAUUCCUAAUUAUGGUAAAGAUCAAUCAAAAAGCAAAGAUGUAAGUACUGGUGCUGGUGCUGCUACUGGUGCCGCUGUCGGUACCGCUGCUGGUCUUGCACCAAAAGGUGAUCAAACUAUUGGAGGAGUAAGUGCAAGAGAUAUUGGAUCAAACACCAAAGCAUCAUCAUCUGGGUUAUCAUCAACUCCACGUCGUGAUGAUGCAUCAUGGGAAGUUCAAUCAGUUUAUGAAAUCAUAUCUGAUGCAGAAUAUGAAGCUCAUAAAAAUAAUCCAGAUUAUUUUGAAAUUAGUGAAGCUGAAUAUAAAAAACAUAAGAAUUUGGAAGAUAAAGUUACUUUAAUUGAAGAAAUUGCUUAA